UGUAAGUUCAUUGGGAAGCAAACAUACAGGUGAUGGCGCUUUACCUAGGCUGAAAUGGGCUUGACACAGAACAGCUCAUUCAUCUUUCGCCUCUUCUCCGAUCAUCUUUCAUAAUCAGGAUACUUCUGAAAGAAUAAAGGCAGUACAGGAAACAAACCACCAGGGCAGCCGGGACUACUGGAGCCUGAUCUAACAUGGCGGAAGACGAGGAAGACAUCGACGUCGACAUCGACAUUGAUAUUGAUAUCGACGGCGAAGCACCAGAAGACGACGCCGCUUCCAAUAGGUCAUCAGGCGCGAUACACGGCAAUGGAGCCACGUCAAUGGCUAGCAUUCGUGUGGAUCCAAAAGAUGACAUUGUCGAGAAGCGCCAUGGCACUACCCAUGGGAAAGAAGCCUCUGCUGCUGCUGCUGGAACAGACACAAAGAACGUCAAUCUGAGCAGCGGAGAUCUCGACAGUUCUUUCGCAGAUGAGUACCAGAUCCCUGACUGGGUCACGCAGGAUUACCAUGCACAAGCAGGAUUCGAUACGGGAGGCAUGGAUGAGAAAUCGAGAGCCAUGAUCGAGAGCAUGCUUGCUGAAGAAGAGUUUUACUCAGGCAGAUCAUCGGGAGCACCCUUUACAUUUUAUGGGCAGACAACCUCUUCACCUUCAGAAAGCAAACCAUCUGAGCCUGGAUCGCAGCUGACCAGCAUUCUCUCCAACAUUUCGGACGCUAAGGCAUGGACAAGUGGUAGCCAUAAAGCCGCCGAUCGGACCAAAAGCAAUGACUCUAGAAAAAGAAAAAAUUCGCAUGAGAGAUCGGGACAGAUCAAAAGGACCGCGAGCGAAGAUUCCAGACUAAAUGCCAAGCUAUCAUCCGCUGAUCUACCUUCGCACAAUACUCGGUGGACUCCGGAAGAGGAUGCACGUUUGCGUCAAGGGAUCAGCGUACAUGGCUACGGAAAUUGGAAAGCUAUAGCAGCCAUUGUCGGUACAAGGAAUCCUCUUCAAGUGAAAAAUCAUGCGCGUCAUUUAGCCAUGACAGAAAAGAUACCCCAUGAUAUAUCGACAAACACGAGCGACGGCGAAGCACUGGACAGGCGCUCGUCGGCUGCGAACUCGGCUGAAGAGGAUGGAGGCGCAAGGAGAAAUCGCAAGCGUCGAUCGAGAAGCAAGAACAUAAAGCGUAUCGAUGCAAGCGUAGGCAUGGAGAGCGACGGAGAUCUGUCCUACGAGAUAAACAGCCGUCGCGCACGGAGCAUUACUUCAGAAUCCGGGAAUGACGACUUUACUGGGUCGGAAUUCGGAGCUACGAGCGGCUACGAUACUGAUAAUGAUGAGGAUCGAUCGACAUCAAAGUCACCUUCACUAUCGGCGAGAGGAGGCUCACGAUCUGAUUCCGCAGGACUCACCACGCCAAGUCCUGGACUGCGCCCAUUAUUUCCAUCCUUACCAAUGCCGUAUACGAUUUCAGCCCAAAGGAUAGCAGCAUACAGCAUGGACGAAGAUGAAGAUGUUGAUGUCGACAUUGAGAGUACAGACGAAGAGACAGCAGCCCGCUUGAGUCUAACAAGGAACCUACAGCCCUUUGUGAACAAGUCAAAGUCGCGCUCAAUAUCACCUUUUUCAAAUUCCUCGACACGAUCGCGACUGUCCAGUGAGUUUGACAGCGACUCUGAUCGGAAUCCGGAUAAUGACGAUGGCGAUGAUAUUGUGGGAUCGGGAAGUGUCCGAAAGCGAUCAUCAGCCUCGUCACCUGCGCUGUCUGACUUCCUAGGAUCGUCAAGCGACCUUUACAACACUCCCAACUUCAAUACGAGUACCAGUAGCAUUAAUAGCACAGGAGCAGGAGGUAUCUUCAAGCCUCUAUUGAAGGACUCUCAAUUUACGCAACAGCAACAUCAGCAAUACCAGCAAUACCAGCAACACCAGCAACACCAGCAAAAAGGCAGUGGACUAUUGGGCCACAUAUCGACAGAAAAGAUGGCCAAUUCUCCCAAGGAGAGGAGAACAGUGUCAUUUGGUGCAGUUCACGUCGCGGAGCUACAACCCGACCUCAACUCUUACGACGAGGAUGAAGUGAAUUCGUCAGACGAUGGUGGAGCUGACGCCGCCAGUUCCUCGACCAUAGAUAUCCUCAAUACACCAUCGCAGCUCUCGAAUCCUUCAUACCAACACAGAGUUUCAUCAAGGAUGCCACAGAGUGAUCAGCUCUUGCCGCACUCGCCUCAUCCCUCUUUGGGCGAAAACAACCUGAGUAAGAGCCCAACCUUACAAUUCGCCACCCAAGACAGCAGCUCAGCAAUCAAAAGGUAUUCGAAAGAAGCACAUGGGCUUCAGGAAACCGACGAUGAUGGCGACGAGGACGAAGGGUCUCUCGGAACCGGAGUGAAACGUAAUUUUAAUUCUGCUGAAGCACCGACCUUGUCUCGUAAAGUGCGCCGGGCGGGAAGUUCCGGUCACUCUUUCUCGACAGGACGCUCCGUUUCUUUUCAGCAGCCUUCGCCAACCCUAUCACCCACUCAAACGUCUAUCUCUCCAGCUUUGACGACGAUCACUCCUUCGGUAACCCGUCGCAUAUUGGACAAAUCCAUCAUCACAGAGGAGGAGAAGCAAGUGCAUUCUGAAUUUUUCUGCAAUAAGGCCAGCAAGACCCCUGAGCGAUAUCAAAGGAUUCGAAAUACCAUCCUCCAGGCCUGGGAGAAAUCGCCAUCGACUUAUCUCACCAAGACAAGCGUUCGGUCUGGUCUGAAGGACUGUGGGGACGUCAAUGCUAUUGGCCGAGUUCAUUCCUGGCUCGAAUCGAUUGGGGCGAUCAACGUGGGAAUGACAGCGUCAUCACCUGGCGCCUCCUUGGCAAGACCCAGGAACGGAGGUAACAACUCCUCCAAGCGGCGAGGAUAUUCUGAAGAACGGGGCUGGUCAUCGUCGUCAUCGUCGUCUGCUCCACGACGGAUUCAUAACGAUAUUACUACGGAACUCGAUGACCUGAAUUCUGUUUGGGUCACUCCACCUUUGAGACGACGGCGAGUACGAAACGAGAAAGGAGAAUGGGUGGACGAGAGAGAGCUGGGUGGUCGUGUUAUUGAGCACAAUGUACAUAUCACCAAGAAUGGAAAGCCAGGAACGCAAUUCUCUACAAGGACAGACGCUAGCGACGAUCUUUUCAAACUCGACGAGGCGGUUUUCCUUGAGCGUCACGGCAUAACCAAAGAGGAAAUGGAAGAGGAGCUUGAACAGGAGCGACUUGCAGCCUUGAAUGCCAAGUAUUUUGCAUCAACAGAGGUAUUGCCGGUUAACACUCGUGUACCGAAGCAUAGGCGCGCCCAGCAUUUAUUGCGUCAGACACGAGGUUUUCAUGAAUACGAGGGUGACGAAGGGUCUUCAGGGGGAUAUGAUCCGUUUCGGCUUAUUCCAUUGCACAAGUACAACGUGCAGAAUCCGGCACCGUUUCGUGUUAAGGUGUCCUCAGAUGCGAUGCUUAUCAUGGACUUUCAUUCUCAUAUGGCAGAGACUGAGGUGAUCGGUCUCCUUGGUGGACUUUACGAUGAGGAUGAAAGGAUUCUAUUCAUCCUCGGUGUUUACCCCUGUCGUAGUAUCAGCACAGGUCUUCAGUGCGAAAUGGACCCAGAGUCGGACGUUGAGGCACGAUACUUUUUCUCAUCCAAAGGGUUUGUCGUUGUUGGCUGGUACCACUCGCACCCGACGUUUGAGCCCAAUCCGAGUAUCCGUGACAUUGAGAACCAAUGUGAGCACCAGGCGAUGUUUCGAAGGCACGGGACUGGUGUGGAGCCGUUUGUUGGAGUGAUUGUAUCCCCAUUUGAUCCCAGAAAUCUGUCCUUCCUCUCCAAGUUCCAGUUCCUGACAGUGUCUGAAGAGUUUGACGAGAACUUGAGUUGUCGAUUGCCGUUCGGUUUCGACCGGGAGAUUACGCGUACGAACGAGCUCUCCGUAUCGGUGUUUCAGCAGCUGUCAGAGAUCGUACGACACUACAGGACGCAUCAGCACAGGGUGGAUCUGUCGAAACCGCUUCGGAAGGGUGAGACGGCGACGCGCCUGGAUAAGUUACUCCAGUCGCUGAAUCAUCAUAUAUUUGUGGAUGAGAACGCGGGAGGAGCAUUCCUGAGCAAGGUUCGGGAGUUAGUCGUGCGUGGCUUUCAUCUGGUGGUCAAUCACCAUGAUCAGCACGGGUCCUCUAUGUCAGCUUCUGCGUUAGCAGCGCCAUCGUCUUUGCCUUCUUCUACCUCAAUUACUUCUUCCGCCUUUAGUACAGCUAAUGGCACCCAUUAGCUGUUGUGAAAUAUAAUAACAUUCUUUGUCGUUUGGAACAUACAAAUCGU